AUGUCGGCGCACUUCGUGCAGAUAGGCUUCUCUGUCCUUCGUUUUCUUCUUUCUUUUUUUCUUUCUUUCUUUUUAUCCUUUUCAAAUUCACGAAAUUUCUCGCGUCCGUUCCAUUUCAUUAUCAGAUAUUUGUCUGUUUUUUCUUCUUCUUUUAACUGUUUUCUUUCUUUUACCGCUGUCUUUCCUUCUUCCUUUCUCCGGUUUACAUCGUUUCUUUCUUUCUUUCUUUCUUUCUUUCUUUAUUUAUUUCUUUCUUUCUUUCCCAUUUUUCUUUCUUUCCCUUUUCCUUUACAUUUCAUUUUCUUUCUGUCUUUCUUUCUUUCUUUCUUUCUUUUCUUUUUCUUUUUUUUUUCUUUCUUUUCUUUUCUUUCUUUCUUUCUUUUCUUUUUUCAUUCCUGUGUUAAUUUCCGACAUUUUUCAUUCUUUCUUUUUCUCACUUUCUUUUCUCUUUUUUUUUUUUUUUUCCCUUUUCCUUUUUUUUUCUUUUUUUCUAUCUGA